GAAAAAUUGAAAUAGGCACCCCCCCUUUAGCACCGGUUCGUGAAAACCGGUGCCAAAAGAAAUGGGCGGGAUUGAAAAAUUCAGUGUUAGCACCGGUUCCAAUCAAACCGGUGCCAAAUCAUAUGAUUAGCAUCGGUUCAAACCAGUGCCAAUUUAAAAAAAAAAAAAAAAAAAAAAAAAAAAAAAAGGUAUGGAAUAAAGUUGGCACUAGUUCGCCUUAUAUGGUAUUUAGCACCGGUUUAAACCGGUGCCAUUUUUGAAAAAAAAAACCCGGGCAAAAUAAAAAAAAAAUCAGGUAUUCAUUUCUCUGCUUCUUCUUCUUUCUUUCUUUCUUUCUUUCCCCCCUGCAUUUCAUUUCUGUUAACCCUAACUCUCGUUUAAUUUCGCCCUUCUCUUAGCUUCGACCACCUUUCUCCAUAUUUCUCCUCCAUUACGCGUGCUCGUAGUUCUCCAUUGAAGCGCAUUCUAAGCUUUGUCCAUAUCACUCCUCCACUACGCGUACUGUUAAUUCUCCAUUGAAGCGGAUUCGAGCUUUCUCACCUUCAUUGAAGCAGCUUUGAGGAGGAUCAUGUGGCCCUUUUGUCUGCAUUUUCAGAAAUGGGACUCAAGUUGUGCAUGGACUUACCUGAGCAGGCAAUGGAAGUGACAACAGUAUUCUUUCGUAACUCAACUCCCGCAAGUAAAGCUGCUGAAACAUUGAAGAAUUUCUCAGAAGAAAGAGCAAAAAAAAUGAAAGCCUUACAAGAAAAAAUGAAGCUUGAUGACAAAGAAGCUAAACGAUUUAGUCCUGUUGAUGCCUUUCCUGGGGAUAUAGUGAUUUUUGCACGGGUGCUAAAUCUUUUGAGAGGUCUUUCUGCUACAAUGGAAGUCCGCAUAGUCUACUUUGAUAUCAUAAGACCAGCAGUAGCAGUGCAGAACCAGGACAACAGUACCAGUGCAGGCAGAAGACACACAGCAGCCAGAAACCUUGGACACUUCAAAUUUUUUUGUGGACUAAAAUUGUAUUAUUUUAGCCUUUUUUAAUGAAAUAAUGUAACU